CAACAUGAAACCAAUAAUCUUGCUCUAGCGUGUAAGAAUAUACAUACAACAGAUAUAAAGUAUAAACACAGACUCAGAACCAACUCUCUCCUCCCUCCUUUUUUUCCCCUUCCUACAGAGAGAGAAACUCGAACUUUUAGAGAGAGAAAGUGCAAUUUUUGCAGGGGAAAAAUGGCAGGAGGGAGAGUAGAUCUAGACGGCAAUGUUAUAAAGACGAUGAAAAUAUGCAUGAUCGGCGCCGGUGGUUUCAUUGGGUCCCACUUAUGUGAGAAGCUGAUGAAUGAAACGCCGCACACGGUGCUCGCUGUCGAUGUUUACAGUGAUAAAAUCAAGCAUCUACUUGAACCGGCUGAUCUCCCUUGGACUGGUCGUAUUCAGUUUCAUAGAAUUAAUAUUAAGAAUGAUUCUCGCCUCGAAGGUCUCAUCAAAAUGGCAGAUCUGGUUGUAAAUCUUGCUGCGAUCUGCACGCCAGCUGAUUAUAAUACUCGUCCACUUGACACAAUCUACAGCAAUUUCAUUGACGCUUUACCAGUGGUUAAAUACUGCUCAGAAAAUGGAAAGCGUCUCAUUCACUUUUCCACUUGUGAAGUUUAUGGAAAAACCGUAGGUGCCUUUUUACCCGAAGACAGCCCAUUGCGACAGGAUCCUGCUUACUACGUCCUUAAGGAAGAUGUCUCUCCUUGUAUUUUUGGAUCUAUUGAGAAGCAAAGGUGGUCCUACGCAUGUGCAAAGCAAUUGAUUGAGAGGUUGAUCUAUGCUGAGGGUGCCGAGAAUGGCUUAGAAUUCACCAUUGUUAGGCCCUUCAACUGGAUUGGUCCGAGGAUGGAUUUCAUACCUGGGAUUGAUGGUCCUAGUGAAGGUGUUCCAAGAGUGUUGGCUUGCUUUAGUAAUAAUCUUUUAAGACAUGAACCACUAAAGCUAGUGGACGGCGGACACUCGCAAAGAACCUUCAUAUAUAUUAAGGAUGCUAUUGAAGCUGUUCUCCUGAUGAUUGAAAAUCCUGCACGGGCUAAUGGGCAGAUCUUUAAUGUCGGCAACCCUAAUAAUGAAGUUACAGUUAGGCAGCUAGCUGAAAUGAUGACCCAGGUGUAUUCAAAGGUGAGUGGAGAAUCUCCUCCUGAAACACCCACCAUUGAUGUAAGUUCUAAAGAAUUUUACGGCGAGGGGUACGAUGACAGUGACAAGCGAAUUCCAGACAUGACCAUAAUUAACAGACAGCUCGGUUGGAACCCGAAGACAUCCCUAUGGGACUUGCUUGAAUCCACACUGACAUACCAACACAGGACUUAUGCUGAGGCUGUCAAGCAGGCGAUGUCAAAGACCACUGCAAAUUGAAUUUGAAAUCAGAGCAGUGGUGAGUGUGUGCUUCAUGUUGACAGGCUUUCAUAUUCUCUUUGCGAAUCUUCAUCUGCUCGGUUUGACUUGGUUCACGUAUCUUUUUGCCAUCUACGUUGUUUUGGGAUAAAACAAUAUCUACGUCGUGCAAAUCUAUAAUAGCUCAGUCAUAAACAUCGUCACUAGCGCAUUAUGUACAACAGUUAUGGGACAUUAGACAAAGGAAGCAUAUAGUCUGCUCUUUAGAUAUUGUUGUCAUUCAUAUUAUCAUUCUUUCUUCUGGAAGCAUGUUGUAUUAUUCCACUGAGAUUUUCCUGAUUUAUUACUAUUUUUUUAUUAUUCGUCUGAUUAAAUGGUCCUUUUUCUUCGAUGUGUAUUUUAGAGAAUAUCACUAUCAACUUCUAAGUGCUCGCUUUUA